CCAAAAGAAGUAUCUUGAUCUUGUUUUUAGAAGGAAUCGGUAGCAGGCGGAGGCGACAGUCGUAGUUAUAUGUUUAUUUCAGCUCUCAUCAGCAGUGUGAUUCUGAUUUUGUUCGAUUCAUGAAUGAUGUAAGCGUCGUUUCAUGAUGAUGUAGUGCAAAGUUAUGAAUUGAUUCUACUCGCGACGCCACAUUGAUUCCCAUUCCACUAUGGUCUUGUCUGACGAAGCUAUUGAGGAAAGAGAUGUGUUACGGUCGAUUUUUGGCACUGAAUUCAGUGUGGAAAAUGAACACGAGUGGCUGAUUUCCUUCCCUGAUUGUGGCUCGGGAGCGACAGCGCUGGUUCUCCAUGUCCCACCAGACUACCCAACCGAGAGCCCCCCAAUCGCCGAGAUUGCAUGCCCGCCUCCAGCAAUGGACGUCGACUUCGCUGUGGACUCGCUUCCCGCAUUUUCGCCCGGGGAAAGCUGCAUCUACGAUUGGGCGUGUGAAAUAAGGGCAAAAUUGGAAGAGGUUGCAGAGAUUGCAGCUAAUCCGACGGCAUUCACAUUCUCCGCAGGGUCUUCAGGGGUUGGGGUCAACAGAAGUACAGAGGACGAAGAUCUUGCUGCAGCGCUUGCAAUAGUGCAGCUGGAAGAUGACGAUAUUGCGGCAGAUGGUGCCCACGAUUACCAGGAGCAAGUCUCAGACGACGUCGUUGCCAACGCUGCAUCGGAAAUCAGCUACCACGAAUAUCAGAAGUCGCAGAACAAAAAGCAGAACAAUAAAGGCUCUGCUUCCUCUUCCAAGAAGAUAGAAAUUCACCACGGCGACCCGUUCACAGAACGCAAAUCAACUUUCCAAGGACACGUCGCCGACAUUGCGUCGGAAAGCGACGUGAAGGCGGUUUUGGAACUACUCUACCAGGAUGGAAAGUUUGCGCGGGCGACGCACAACCAGUACGCGUGGAGGUACCGGGACGAAGCGGGAAACUUGCACGCUGACAACAACGACGACGGCGAGGCGGGAGCAGGGCGGAAGCUAGCGGAGUUGCUGGAAGUAAUGAAGGCCGAGAACGUGCUCUGUGUGGUAUCGCGCUGGUACGGGGGCAUUCUUCUAGGCCCGGACCGCUUCAAGUGCAUCAAUCGAGCGGCCUCGGAGUUGCUGGAUCGACUGGGGAAGAGGAAGCGGUGA